CUGCAUAGUUGAAGUCCCUUCUGACCUAUUUAUAGUGUUGGCCCUCGCUACAAUGUCAUCUGUAACUCGACUCCAUCUGUUUAGUCACAACAUGUUGAAUGUCAGUUGUCAGAGAGAAGCAGAGAACUUGGCUCUGCGAUUCCCCUUCACUCUGUCACUAGACAGCCCAAUGGAGUCUGCUGCGGCUGAACCAAGACCCACUGGGGUCAGCAGCCUCUUGGGUGUCCCAGGGCUCAUCACCUGGGACGGGGACGAGGCGAUUGACGCGGAGGUGAUCGGCGGCAUCAGGCCCAGGUCCUCCCCUCUUCCACGGAGAAGGAGCUCCAAUGACUUAAAGGACUGUGAGCUCGAGCUGACGCCGUCAAGCUCCAGGAGGGUGUCAUUUGCGGACGCCCUCGGCCAAAACCUGGUGAACGUGAAAGAGUUUGACUCGUGGGACAUAACCAUUCCGCUGAAUUUUGACGCCCUUGAGGGAGAGAAAGAGGUAGAGGAAUAUUACUUGUCCUCCUUAUACACUCCUCCACCGUCCGAAGAAGCCAUGGUCCUGAGAGUUCAGGAGCAGAAGCUAGAAUUGGAGAGCAUUGAGUUACUCCACGGGACUACGAUACUGCGGGGCGUGGUCCGUGUUCUCAAUGUCUCAUUUGAUAAGAUGGUGUACAUCCGCACCUCUCUGGAUGCCUGGGCCACGCACUUUGACCUGCUGGCAGAGUACAUACCAGGGUCCAGCAAUGGAGACACUGACUGCUUCUCCUUCAAGCUCACCCUGGUGCCCCCCUUUGGGGAAAAGGGGGCCAGAGUGGACUUCUGUCUCCGGUAUGAGACCCCUGUUGGGACUUUCUGGGCCAACAAUAGUGACCGGAACUAUGUGAUGUUUUGUCACCAGAAAGUCAAAGAGCUGAAAGAAAAAGCACAAAAAUACAAAAACGGGCGUAGGAAAAGCAUCCUGAAAGCCAACAUUCAUGAAUUUCCCUGUGACGAAAACUGGUCAUCAACCAGUGAUGAAUCGUCAGAUGUAAACAAACAUGGAGGAGAGAUGACUAGUGUGAACAUCUCUGAGUCUCAGUCAGGAGCACUCCAAGAUGAUCAUCAGAAAUUACUGAUCGAGAGCAGCCAGAACUCUAGCCAGAGAAACCGACGAAAGGCAGCACGAUUGGUGAAGGUGCAGGACUACUUCAUCCAGAGAGAGGAUGAGACCCAAGAGAAAGAGAAGGGAACAGUGGAACCAUCACAGAUCCCACGGGAAAGCACAUUCCCACAGGAAACCCCUUCAAAUGGGCCUGAGGUACAACCACUGCCACCACAGCACAGGAAAAAGUUUGGGCUGCAGGCGACUUCAGAUUCUCUGGCUACGUGCAACAAAUUGUCUCCUGGUCUCAGGGACAGCACGUCUUGUGAGGAGUCAGUGAAACCUGAGAACAUAGACUCAAUGGUCAGCUCAGCCCCAUCCGAGCUGGGAGAGGAACAUGUCUCACCGAUCCCCAGCAACAAGUCAGAUUUAACUGAUCAACCCGCUGCACUGAGCCAAAAUGGUGAUACGUCUGUUUCCAAAUUGGAGGGAAGUGCUCUGAUGCAGAUGGAACCGGAGAAGGGUGGAUCUGCCAUCAACACAGAAGGAACACAUUCAGAUAACACUGUAAGGUUGGAGAACAGCACAGCAGACUCAGUCCCAGGCAGCCAGACCAAUAGCUUUACGUUUGGAAAUGUUGUGGCCCCACUAUACUGUCAAGUAUUUGGUAGAGUGGCGAAUGAGAGCCAGAGCUCAACCGAUAUUGGUAAUCGAACAAGGGGGACAUUGCAUGGAAGGGAUUCAACAGCCUGUACAGUCCAGAGUUACGUAGAAACUCACUCCUGUGUUUCAGCUGAUACCCAGAGGACACCUGAAGAAAAGCCUGUAGAUCAACAGCAAUAUCUUGAAUCAAGCCAAGGACAUUUCCUCUCUGGAUUAAGUGCAGAAAAAAAGCCUGAACUUGAACCUCUGUCAGAAGAGACAGUAGGUUUUCCCAGGGCUCACACUGCCCUGCACACUGCUGCUGCUCUCAGGGCACAAAUCCCCAAUGAGGACUCAGGCCUCCAGGGGCCUGAAGAGAACAUUCUGCCUCCCCAGUCCCAGAUCCACCAGGACAGCAAGUUUUUCCAGACACAAACCCCAUUACCAAACACAACACUUUCACAAACUCCUCAAGACACAACACUUUCACAAACUCCUCCAGACACAAUACUUUCACAAACUCCUCCAGACACAACACUUUCCCAAACACAAACCUUGAUAGACACAACACAAGGCAGUCUCUUACAGUCACAAACUGAAAUGGGGUCAAAACAUGUCUCUGCUGAAAUGACUAUGCAGGGGGCCAGUGGUGGAUAUGAGAGACCUGAUGAGUCAGAGGAAAUGGAGAACCCUUCCUCAGCCAACACUGAUGAAUGGUCAACAGGCACAUUCACAGAAUUAGUAGGCACAGAUAUAGCCAUGCUAGAGCCUGUGUAUGCUGACCUAAAAGUUUUCACUUCAACAACAAAGGUGGAGGAAAAGAUCCCCACUGAGCACCAAAACUUAGCUGUGACCUGUACAGACACACUGGAGGAAGAAACCAGUGGGACAAUGUUAAAAGAGGAUCCCAUUGUCAUUAAGGAAUGGACAUCAUUGGAGAAGUUGAUGAGAAAACAAACAGAUCAAGUGAAGGGUGAACUAUCAUUUGAAGUGUCAAACACCUUUUGUAAUGAAGAAAACAGGCAUUCUAUUGACAGUAAGGAUUAUAGUGAGGAAGAAGGCAAGAUGACAAACUAUGUGAGGGAUGAUUAUGAUGAAGACACUGACAAGGUCCCAAUGUCCAAAGAAGACGAUAUUCAUAAGGAAGAUGACCUGGUAAUUAUGAAAAAUGAGGAGGAUUUAGUUCCUACCGAGAACGAGAAAGGUGCAAGUGAUGGCCAACCAUUGCUAAAGAGGAAUAUAAUAGAAAAAGACUGGGAGGGGACUGUGGAAGAGGAAGAAGAGGAGAUGAUGGGGGAAUAUGUGGAGGAGGGCGAAUGGGAAGAAGAGAAAGUAGUUGUACGAGAGGUAGAAGUGAAGAUGAUGGCUGGGGAAAAGGAAUUGGAGGAGGUAGGGGAGGUGGAGGAAACAGAGGAGGAAGUGGGGAAGGAGGUGACCAAGGAGGAGUUGGCGGUAGAAGAGAUGGAUAAGGACAAAGAAGAAAUUAUGUUAUGGGAAAAAAUACAAGUAAGGGUGGAGGAAGAGGAAGAGCUGGUGAAAGGAGAGGAGGAAAUAGAGAAAGAAAUGAAAGACGAGAUGGUUGUUGAAGAAGACCUGGAGGAAUUAGAGGAGGGGGAUGUGAAAUGGAUAGAGUGGGAGGAAGAGGAGAUUGUAGAGGAAGAGAAGGAGGAGGAAGCCGAGAAAGACAAAGUAGAUGUAGAAUUACUAGAUUAUCAAAAUGAAUUGGUGGAUAAGUUAAUCAAGCCAAUGGGCAAUACUUGUAAGGGUAAGGGGGGUGAGAGCACAAAUGUAAAUGUUGCAGAAAAAUCAGGCCCAGAAGAAAAUACAUUAAAGAUGGAUGAAGUGUCAAAUCUUUGCUACAAUGACGUAACGCCGGACACCAAUCCUCUUGGAGGAGAGGAAAUGGAUUCCAUCAAAGGAGACGGGGAAUCCUACAUUCAAACAGAUGAACCUGCCAGUGAGAAAGAGGGUGAAGGGGGGGCUGAGGCAGACAACGCGUCCACAGAGUCCCUGUCAGAUGAUGAGAUGGAGCUGUACAUGCACAGUCUGAGGGCUGCACAGAAGCAACGAAACAAGGACUUGAGUCUUGGGAAACGGCCCUCGAUAAGUAGAAGAGGCAGCAGGCUGUCCAUGCCAUCCAUCAGUGAGUCUGUGGAUGAGGCAAGCAACCAGGAAGAUCAGCCAGACACAGUGUCUGCGGAGCAUCAAUCUACAAGUACAGUGCCCGUUGUGGAGGGAGGGCAGGAUAGCACCAGGAGCAAUGUCAUGUGGUGGAGAGAAACAUUUUCUUGGCAUAAUCUCUCAAAAGCACUGUUAUACACCGUCCUGUUCGUGGUGUUUUUUUUUGCUGCUUACCAUUAUGACUUUCUGGCCUGUUUCAGUCUUUAUUUGUUAUCUGUGAUCUGGCUGGUUUGUCAGGGAGAGAAACAGCCGAUGAAAGGAAAUAAUAGAAUAUGAUGAGACCUGUGAAAAUAUAUUUCAGUGUUUAUAAAGUGCUCCACAAUAAUUUUUCAUUAUGCCUCAUCUGAGAAUACAUGAACUCGCAAAUGUAGAUGUCAAAUGUACAAAAUGAUUGGUGUGUAGCAUACUGCAAAGAGUUUCAUGUAAAUGUACGUUAAAGUCAGUAUAUGCAUUGUUCUAUCCAAAUUCCAUCAAGAAAUACUGUAUAUAUAUAUAUAUAUAUAUAUAUAUAUAUAUAUUUUUAGAACAUUCUUAUUAAAAUGAUAUUAACAGGCGAGGAUGUUAUCCUUUAAUUAGCUAUACUCUUAUGAGCGUCACCUAGUUCAAGGCAGACCCUUUUUCAGUUCAAUGGAGCACACAAUAAUAUUAUUUUUCUAAUCGAAUGUUAUGUGCCUUUUCUAGACAUUGGCCAUACUAUUGAUGCAUCUUGACAGCAUGUAUGUUAUUUGAACACAUUAGUUCAAAGCCUUGCGUUCAAAUAACACACCAGUUACAAGGCUGUGGACCAUUGCUUAGAUGGAUUAUUGAUAAUAACAACUUUUAUUGUAUUAUUGUAUUUGGUGUAAAUUAAACUGAUUUUAAAACA